UUUUUUUUUUUUUUUUGAGUUUUUUGUUUUUGUUAUUUUGAGUUUGAAUUUGGGUUUGUGUUGGUUGGGGCAAGAACAAAAUUUCAAAUUAUGGAUAUGGAGAACGAAGCGAGUUGGGCGAUGGAUCAGUUGCGUGCCGCAAAUAAAGCAAGCGAUGAAGGCAAAUUUCUUGCGAAGCAACAACAACAAUACGUGUCACAGUUUCGCAUCGAUGGACAGCCAAUUUUGCCGCCACUCAUGACAGCGGACAGACGUCAGCAAAUGUGGCAAUUAAAGCAGCGCGCCUUGCAGCUGGAGGCCAAGUACAAGCAGCAGGCGCAGUGCGACACAAGCAGCAGCAGCAACACGAGCAGCAUGAGCACCGUGCAACGCAUCUUGCCACAGCAGCAACGUUUGCAACAGACGCCAACUUAUAUCUAUGACAGCACGCAACAGGAUGCGUUGCUUGAGACGCCACGGAGCAGGCCGCAAACGUUGCAGCUGAAGAGUGGCAGCAGCAAUAGCAGCAACAACAGCUGUGGCAGCAACAAGAACUGUGGCAGCAACACGAACUGUGGCAUUCCCAGCAUAUGCGUGAAUCCGCCAACGCCACUCGAACCCAAUCCCAGUCUGAGUCCCAGUGCCAAUGCCAGUCGGUUGCAGCUUGGCCACACACGUCGCAAGCUGAACAACAUCACGAGUCGCAUCAUGCGCUUUGAGCGUCAGGCGGACAACGAGGCGUUGCCGUUGCAAGUGCUGUGGCAAGACAAACGCAUGCUGCGCUCCAGCACAAGUCCGGCGUUGUUGCUGCCCCAACCCGAAGCCAGUGGGCAGCAAAUGCAACGUUCGCGCUCCUUUACGCUGGACGAACCAUCGCCGGCACUUUUGGCGCACAUGCAACGCGUGGGGCAACAGCAAAUGGAGCAGGAGCAACAGCAACAACAGCAGCAGCAACAGCAAGUGGCAACAACUGUGACAGCAACUUCGCCACGCAAUCCACGCCUGGUGCAUGCCACACAAAGUUUGGCGCACCUGCGACGCGACACCAUCGAAUCGAAGGCGAAGCAAGUGCAACGCAGCGCCAGCAGCAGCCUCGUCUCUGCCACAACAACAUCGCCAGCAACAUCGCGACGCUGCGGCGGCAACAGUCCGCAACGAUCGCUGCAACAGCAGCAACAAUAUCUCAAGCAGCUGCUGCAACGCGCUCUCCACGAGGCAGACGAUGUGUGCGACGAGCAGUCGCAACAGGAGCGCAAACACUUGACGCUGGCCAAGCGUCAGAUGUUCAAGGACAUUAAGUUGGCGCAUCGCGAUCGCUUCCAGCAGCUGGUCCAAUAUCAGCACGAGGAGCAGCGACGCAUGCAGGCAGAAUUCGAUCGUCAGCAAAAGUUUCUCAUCGAACAGAUUUGUGCCGACAUCAAUGUCGCCGUCUACGCCAAUGAAUCCACAAGCCCACAAGCUGCGACGGCUGCUCCCACAUCCUCGGCCUCGGCGUGCACAAGCACCGCUGAUCUGUCACCCAAUUGCACGUCGACAGCGAGGAAGCGACUCUUCGAUGGCGCCGACACUGAAUCCGAUGUGCCAUCGGAGAUGCUGCCCCUGGACAGCGUUGCCACAACCAAGUCGCAACCUACAGCAAAUCACAACAACAACAGCAACAACAACAGCAGCAACAGUAGCGUAAGCAACAAAAGCAAAUUGAAGAAGUCGCAGCAGCUGCAGCAGCAACGCAAGCUGCCGAGUCCAGUGCCCAAGACGCCGCCAGCGAGAAGAGUCAUCAACAAGACAACGACAUCCUCAGUGGGCAGAACAAAGCCUCAGCAGCAGCAGCAGCAGACGACGACGACGACGUCGCUCUCAAAGACGCGUCGCGCAGCGUCGCCAAGUCGUCAGUCGCUGCCAACAGCAGCAUCUCAACAGCGUCGUGAGGAGGCUGCAACGUUACUUUGUGCCGUAACACGAGGAUUCCUGGUGCGUCGUCUGUUCCGGACUGAGCAAGUGCAGCGGAUUGUGCAAACCAUACGCGACACUCUCAUCUUUGUGCUCAAUCUGCACAUGGAGACGACGAUUGGUGGCAUCGAUCAGGAGGAGCCAGCCAACAUACGGCUCAAAGCACGAUUGCUGCAGCAGCUUUGCUCAGCCAGUCGCACGCUGCACUUGAUCUUCUUCCAGACGAGCAUCAAGGAACGCAUGGAGAUCAUUGCGCGGGAUCGCAAACGCAUCAAGACCAAGUUGAUGGCCCUUCAUGUUAAGCAACGUCACUAAACAACAACAACAACAACACAGAUUCGCCCAGCCAAUUGCCUGCCCCAAUUUACUCAAUUCAAUCACAAUAAUAAAACGAAACAAACAAAAAAAUAACUAAAAAUAGCAAAGAUUUCAUAUUUUAUAAUUCACAAACUAAAAAAAAUAUCGUAACCAGAAAUGAUUCCCAAAUUAAAGAAGCACUUGCAAUUGGAUUUAACUAUA